UUCCCACCCAACAUGACCAACACAGAAAACGUGACCACUUUAGCAUGUGCCACCGAAGGAAUGAGCUGUUACCCACGAUGCAUUGCCAAGUUUCCAAGGGAUUCUCUGGAGUCAACAAACAUGGCUAAGGUAUCAGCGAACACUGCCCCAAAGAAAACGAUGCACUUGCAUGUCCCAGCCUUCUCUGUCAAACAUCCCAUGAUUCCAAAACUCUAUGUCAUGCCAUGGAAGCAGGACAUGAAGAACCAGAGACUGCUACUGAAGAAUGCGGCGCUGGCCCAGAUUCCCCAUGGACCCCAGGAGGAGAGCCUGUGCUGGGAGGGGCGGGAGCGAAUGUGUCAUGGCCAGGCCAGAACCGGACCCCUGGACUCCACAGUGCAAAGUCCCCCGCAGCCCACCCUCCCUCCCCCCAAUGCCUCACACUUGUCCAGGUACAACAGUUCUCUGGUCACAACCAGGGGCCUGUAUGGAUAUGGCCUGCCCUGAUAUCACCCAGGGAAGACUAGAAGCCUCCUCCAUUAUAUUUACAAGCAGUACCCACAAGACAUCAAGGCUUGUUUGGCUUCUUACGUUUCAAUAAAAUAUUAGCU